UUCACCUACUUGAAGUAGUUACACACUCGCUACUUCGAGAAGCUCUAGAGACUCCUACUCUCAGAGUCACAGGGAAAGCGAGCUAGUUUCCGUCCGUCUCUACUUUCUCAGCAACCAAACACAAACACAAACACAAACACAGCCGGCCGGUGGCUUUACGACGAGAAUUGGCUCCACCAUUGAUAUUCUUACCAGAAAGGGUUCGGGUUCCACUUCCACAUGGUAAAUGGCUUCAAACUCAACUCUUCGCAAAUCACGCAAUGAGGACAGGAUCAGUGAGUUGCCAGAUGCAAUUCUUUGCCACAUUCUUUCUUUCUUUUCAACCAGAGAGGCUAUGAAGACCAGCAUUUUAUCUCAUAGAUGGAAGAAUGUCUGGGCCUCAGUUCCCAAUCUAGAUUUCAAUGAAUAUGAUUAUUACCUAGACUAUGUUUUCCGUACUUUGCCACAACCAGUAAGAUAUGACUCGGAUUGGUUUGCACAGUUUGUGAAUCGUGUACUUCUCAGUCGAUGCCAGGGAAACAUUCAUAGGUUCUGUCUUCGAACUACUGAUAUGAUGAAUGUUUCUCUUAUUGAUUCUUGGGUUUCCACUGCCAUAAAACAUAAUGUUGUUGAACUUGUUCUUAGUUCGGGGGGUCCUCGCUUGCCGGAUUUUGAGAUUCCGAGAUGUCUUUUCAUGUGCAACACAUUGGUUAGUUUGGAGUUGGGUGUGCACAAAAAUAUUCGUGCCGUUACUCCUCCCUCACAUUGUUUCCCCUGUCUCAAGUUGCUACAUGUUACAUUUUGCUUUCCUGAUUCUCACACAGUGGAGAAGUUAUUUCCUUCUUUCCCUGUACUUGAAGAUCUUAUUAUAGAUGGAGAACAUGAAGAUGCGUCAGCUUUCAAUCUUGUUAUAUCUGCACCCAAACUGAAAAGACUGCAAAUUAGUUUCAUUGUCCGUAAAUUUGCUAUGAUAGCUGCUGCAAGUGAUUCUGAGGAUUAUGAAAAUUAUGGGUGCCAAAUUUUUGUUAGUGCUGAUGCUCCAAAUCUUGAAGAGUUAGAUAUCUACUAUGAUAUUCUGGUGAGCUAUUCUUUGAAGAAUGCCAAAUGUCUGAGGAAAGCCGAGAUAGGUUUCUUAGAUGUGAAAGAUCUUGAGAACCUUGAUUAUUUUCUUGGCCUCGCUGAUCGCAUAUGCCGGCUCUUUGCAGAUAUUUGUAAUGCUAAGUACCUGACAGUUUCAGCUCCAAUUUUUGCGGCUCUUGACAUUAGAUAUCACAGUCUGCUGCUGACAUUUAGUAAUUUGCACCACUUGGAGCUACAACUUCAAACUUGUCUCUGUUUGCAAUCACUGACAACUUUGCUCAAGAUAUCACCAAAUUUGGAACAUCUCAAGAUAUUACCAAAAAGGGAACACCUGUAUGUCAAUGAGUACAACUAUUGUGAUGACGACGAUGAGGAUGAGCCUGAACAUGGAUGGGAUGCACCAGAGUCUGUGCCUGUUUGUUUGAUUUCACACCUCAAGACUAUUUGCCUAUGGGAAUUCAAGGGGUGUCCAAAUGAGGUGGAAGUGGCAAAGUACUUGGUGAAGCAUGGCAAGGCUUUGAAUAAGGUGACUAUUUAUAAUCACUUCAGUGAAGACGAGGAGAUGGAGAUACGGUCACCUAGUGCCUUAUGGUCGAAAUUUUCAAAGUUUCCUAGGGGUUCCAAGACUUGUAAAAUUCAAUUUCAGACAAUCAUUUGAUACAUAUUCUUGUUUGGGAAUAUAACGUUAUAUGCACUCUUGUACAUGUAACUAUGUACGUGUUUUAGUUUCUGUCUUCUUUAUGGUCGAUUUCUAACUUCUAAGUUCCAAAGGGAUAAAAGACGAUCAUUUUACAAUGGAUAUUUCUCUGGGAAUGGAACAUGAGUUUAUUUA